AUGUCAGAUAACAGCAAUGAACAGACAUCGGCUGACGCCUCCGUCUCAACAUUCCUGUCCUCCCUCAUCCUAACCACCGCAGUAUCCGCAGUCCUCUUCCUCGCCUUUGCCAUCCUCCGCCCCCGCGUCCCACGAGUCUACGCCCCCAAAACCUACAUGGGUCCCGAGCGCGAACGACCUGAUGCCUCUUCCCGCGGCCUAAUGGGAUGGGUAUUUGAUGCUCGUCGAAUGAAUGAACGCAACUUUGUGGAACGGUGUGGGUUGGAUGCGUACAUGUUUUUGGAUUUCUUGAACAAGUCGUUCUUCCUGUUCAUGGGGUUCGCAAUCCUCGCGAUCCCCAUCUUGAUCCCUUUGAAUGCGUACCAGCAGCUAUCGCUUUAUGGGUUGAACCAGCUUACGAUUGGAAAUGUUGCGGAUCAGAAUCGCCUUUGGGGACAUCUCAUCCUCACCGUCUUGUUCUCUGUGGCGACACUGGCGAUGGGCAUCUUUGGCGUGAAGCAUUAUAUCACUAGGAGGCAGCACUACCUCCUCAAGCCACAUCACGCACAUUCCCUCAAGGCAACCACGAUCCUCGUCUGCGGAAUCCCCAUCGGCGACGAGACACUCCAGAGUCUCCACUCGAUCUUCAGUGUCUUCCCAGGCGGUGUCAAACGCAUCUGGCCAGCCUACUCUGCGGCAGAUCUGCAAAAGGAUGUGUUGAAACGAAUCACUCUCACAGAUAAGGUGGAGUUGGCCGUGUGUACGCUAAUCCGAUCAAAACUUAAGCAUCAAGCUGCAGGAGCCGCAGCUGCAGGAAGGAGACCAUCGGGAGCGUCGUCGACAGACAUGUUACACCAACAGCAAGCAGCGGCAGCAGGAGGAGAUACCUUCCCAGCAGAGAAGAGACCUCAGCAUCGCCCUGCCGUGUUCCCGAUGAGCCUGUUUGCAUCCUGCUGUGGCGCCAAGAAGGUCGAUUCGGUUUCGACAUACAGAAACGAACUUGCAGAACUCAACAAUUCGAUCGUGACGCGUCAACAGGCCGGGAUCGCAGCGAUGCAUGAGAACGAGGACGAGAAAAAGCUUGGCGCGGCGUUUAUCCAAUUCAAUAGCCAACUCGGCGCACACCUCGCCGCACAGGCUGUCAUCCAUCGCAAGACCUUGACCAUGCAGCCACGACACCUCGAGGUCCACCCCAAGGAUGUCAUCUGGGAGAAUCUGGGUCACAGCCUGAGCACGAGGAACAUCCGAAGGGCUAUUGCCGGCGUGUUGGUCUUCCUGUUAAUCGCACUGUGGACGAUCCCUGUGGCGUUUGUGGCGUCGAUCGCGCAGCUGGAUGCGAUUGUGGAGUUUGCGCCGUUUUUGAGUGGGGUCUACAACCUGCCCACGGUUGUGAUAGGUAUUAUUCAGGGUAUCUUGCCCCCUCUUGGUUUGGCUAUCCUCAUGAUGUUCCUUCCCAUCAUCCUCUACAAACUCGCGCAUCUAGGCGGGGAGGUUCUGAACUCGUGCAAGACCUUCUCCGUCGUCACAUCCUUCCACUGGUUCAACGUGGUACAUGUGCUCCUGGUGACAACACUGGCAAACGGCAUCUUUGCAUCAGUGCAACAGAUAAUAGACAACCCCAGCAACAUCAUGGGAAUGCUCGCAUCAUCCCUGCCCAAGGCCUCAACAUUCUUCCUCACCUUCGUCAUCCUCUCGCUCAUUGGGAUCCCAAUGAUGUUACUCCAGAUCGGACCAUUGAUCAUGUACAAGAUCAGCAAAUACCUUGGAAAGACUCCUCGAAAGGUCUAUGCGGCCGAGAGGACUGUAGGCUUUGUUGAUUGGGGGACUACUAUCCCCGUCCAUACUAUUAUCUUUUCUAUCGGCUUGAUAUACUCAACGAUCCAGCCGCUCAUUCUCCUCUUCGUGGUCAUUUACUUUGGUCUCUACUACCUGGCCUUCCGCUACCAAUUCCUCUACGUCUACCGGCAACCGUUCGACUCCGGCGGACUCAUCUACCCGCGCAUCAUCGACCAAAUCUACGUCGCCCUUAUCAUCUAUGAAAUCGUCAUGUUGGGUCUCUUUGUCCUCCAGAAGGCCGCCGGUCAAUCCGCGAUCAUGAUUGUGGUCCUCUUGGGGUCAAUUGCGGCGAUUGUGAUUUCGAGGAACAAUGUGUUCAAACCAUUGAUUCAGUACUUGCCGGUUGAGGCGUUUAAUGCCGGUGGGGAGUUGAUUAGUAGCAAGGGAGGACAUCAUCAAGGAGAUAAUCAUACGGGGGUUGGAGGGAGGGGUGAUAAGGAUGUUAUUGGAGAGGAUGGUUUUGGUGUGGAUGAUGAUCUUGAGAAGCAGGCGGCUGCUGCUGGGUACCGUGGUGUUGGAAGUACUGGUGGACCCAGUACUCUUGCCUUCAACCCUGCUCCGAACGAGAAUGGGGUGACGAACUCGAUGGCGUUCGUAAACCCAGGUCUGAGGACCCAACAGAAACCCGUCUGGCUCCCUCGAGACCCUGCGGGGUUCGUAGACCAGGAAGUGACAGAACUGAACGGAGCUAGUAUUGCCAACACGACCGAGUCGGCGACCAUGAAUGCGAAGGGAAAGAUUGCUGUUGAGGUAUCGCAGCUUGUUGCCGCACCUGGUGAUGAGUUCUGGGAGUAA